AUGGACGUCAACAGAAUAAACGGAACGGCGGCGAGGGUUUCUCACGUCAACCUCAUGACAGAUACGCUCAUCACAAACCUCAGUCCAGAUGCACUGAGAGUAAUCCUUCGCUCAAUGCUCGCAGCAGAUGAGAACGGCCAGCUCACGCACAAGCUGCAGCAUCACGUGCAGAAAUACCUGCGACGCGAUCUCCAGAGAACACAGAGAACGUCCAUCCCCGCAUUAUUUUCGGUGGUCGACAAGUCAUCGUCGUCAUUUUCGAUCCCGACGCCAGAAUUGGCGAAACUACGAAAUCGUAUAUGCACUCUGCUCGGCUCAGGCCUACCGUUCGAAAGUCUACAGCUCCUGGCAGAGGUAGUCCGGCAAUCUUGCGGACUUGAACUUGAUGAUACGGCACUGGAAGGUGAAAGUCUGGUGCUUGCGCUAGCUGCUGUAGAUGGGGACUUAGUCCAGGCACUUACGGCGGUGCAGAAGCUGGCGAUACUCCACGAUUGGGCAAAUGGAGGGAUGCCUACUGCUCAGCGUCAGGUGUUGUUGAGGCUUCGGACAGACCUUGAGAAUUGCAGAGAACAGAGUGAGGGAGUGGGAGGGGAAUUCGGGUUUGGAAGAGGCUCGGUGAUGCUGGAGAGUAUUCUCUCGCAGAUGUGGGAAUGA